AUGUGCCAAGAUUACGGCUUCAUUAACACAUGCUUGAGGACGUUAGUGGUUGAUAAAUUUGGAGAAGAGACCUGGGACAAUCUAAGGUUAUCGGCAGAGGUCCAAGAUACCUUCAUGACAUAUGAGAUUUACGAUGAUGAGAUCACCCUUCGUCUGGUGCAGGAGGCUUGCAGGGUGCUGGGUGUAUCUUCUGAGGUGGUCCUGAAGCUCUUUGGAGAAUACUUCUUCAGCUUCUGUAAAAUGUCAGGCUACGAUUCCAUGCUACGCACCCUUGGCGGGAACCUGGUGGAAUUCAUUGAAAACCUGGAUGCUCUCCAUAGUUACCUGGCAUUAUCUUACCAGGAGAUGAACGCUCCUUCUUUCCGUGUGGAGCGAAUCAGUGACAGCAGGACCCUCCUCCAUUAUUACUCUAAGAGGAAAGGACUGCACCCCAUCGUUCCUGGCAUCAUCGAAGCCGUGGCGAAGGAUUUCUUCGGCUGCAGAGUGACCAUGACCGUGCUGGAGCAGGCUGAGGAGGAAGAGGAUGAGAAGGGAUCAAGAGAACACAUUGUCUUCCUCAUGACUGAAGAGAGCGAGGGCACACAGACUGACGCCCUGCCGCACGCCCAGGCCAGGGGACAGGAGAAAGGACCAGAGAGGCUCACGGGGUCAAGCAUCCCCACAUACCUGCAGUCUUUCUGCCCCAGCUACCCAGGCAGAUUGUGGAUUGAUCUGAAAACCUUCUGCAGUGCCUUCCCCUUUCACAUCGUCUUUGACCAAGACCUCUUGGUGAAACAAAGUGGCGUGAACAUCCAGAAGCUUGUGCCAGGCCUGCAGAUGCGGGGCGCGCAACUGCGGCAGUACUUCAGCGUGGUCCACCCUGAGGUUGCCCUCAGCAUCUCCAGCAUAAAGAAGUUCAUCAACAGUCAGUUUGUGCUGAAGGCUAAGAGAGAAACGCUUCCCGAGGACCUCCGGAACCAGCCCCUGCUCAAACUCCGUGGUCAGAUGGUGUGGAUGCCGUCUCUGAGCUGUAUGCUGUAUCUCUGCUCUCCUAAGCUGCGUAGUCUACAGGAGCUGGAAGAGCGCGGUCUGCACCUGGCCGACAUUGCGCCCCACGACACCACCCGGGACCUCAUUCUGUUGAACCAGCAGCGCCUGGCUGAGAUCGAGCUCUCCAACCAGCUGGAGCGCAAGAAAGAAGAACUGCGCAUCCUCUCACGCCACCUGGAGGUGGAGAAAAAGAAGACAGAGACACUGCUCUACGCCAUGCUGCCCCGUCACGUCGCCAACCAGCUCAAAGAGGGCCAGCAGGUGGAGGCAGGUGAGUUCAAGGUGUGCACUGUCCUCUUCAGUGACGUGGUCACCUUCACGAAUAUCUGUGCAGCCUGUGAGCCCAUCCACAUCGUCCACAUGCUCAACAGCAUGUACUCAAAGUUUGACCGCCUGACCAACAUCCAUGACGUCUACAAGGUGGAGACCAUUGGCGAUGCCUACAUGGUGGUAGGAGGAGUGCCCAUCCCCAAGGACACCCACGCCGAACGCGUCGCCAACUUUGCCUUGGCCAUGCGGAUCGCAGCCAGGGAGGUGACCAACCCCAUCACUAAACAGCCGAUCCAGAUCAGAGUAGGUCUUCACACAGGUCCUGUGCUGGCAGGGGUUGUGGGUGAGAAAAUGCCCCGAUACUGCCUGUUUGGAGACACCGUGAACACUGCCUCACGUAUGGAGAGUCACGGCAUCCCGGACCAUAUACACCUGAGCCCUUUUACCUACAGGGUUCUGAAGGACAAACCCUUUGAGAUCCGUGAACGGGGGGAGAUCAACGUGAAGGGCAAGGGCCUGAUGACCACCUAUUUCCUGCUGAAGAACCUGCAGUGGUCUGAGGAGCAGAUCAUGGGCAGAGGAGAGAGAGGGGCAUGCGUGUACAGAGAUGACCAACAGGAGGCAGCACACCCAGAUGAUGAUGCAGGGGAAGGACAGAUGAACACUGGGGACAACAGGACGCUGUCUCACAAGGGUCAAAGCUGUAGCUCCUCCCUUCUCCCCUCCUCUGAUGAUGUCACUCCUAAUGGCCUCGCCCUUCGGAACUUCUUGACUGACUACUCUGAGCCCCUGGAAUAUGGCCUCCCUCCUGAGAGCGUCACUGUCAACUCUCGUCUCUGCACUCUGCUUUAGAUAACGCCACUCUGUGGAGACGGCAUUCGUUCAUGGGUCAU